AUGAACAAAGAGGUAGAAAAUGUCUACAUUGCCGAGCUGAUGGUGGAGAGCAAUGUCACACUGGGAUCCCAGACUCUCCUGUCAGUUUUGAAUGCGACGACUGACCUCCAAGUGACCGAUAGGAAUGGAAGCUCCCACACAGUGACCAUCUUACAAAGCGAAGUGGCAGCAGACUGCCUGAUCAUUGAAGAUCAAACCAGUUGUAACUGCUCUGUCGGGUUCGUUUGGAGCAAUGAAGUGUGCUACACUACCGGCUGUUGCAGAGAAACUACUUGCAAACAAAAUGUGUCCCACAUCGCACCGCUCUGCAUCCCCAAAGUCAAUGUUCAGAUCAAUGGAUCAGUGACACUGAGUACAUCAGGAGCCGCCUGGAGUAGCAACAAAUUUUCAAAGGUUGUAAAGGAGAUUGAAAAGCUGAAUGGCUUACAAUACAUAAACUUCACUGAUAACAGGACCAACGCCGUUGACUUUGAGGCAGCCGUCAGUGUCAAGUUUCCGACCUCUCGUCUUCAAGACAUUGUGACUAACGUGGAAUAUCAGCUCACUGCCAUAGUUCUGGUCGACACUCUAGGCAUGGUCACCAUAAAAACCCCAGGGACUAUAGUGCAGUACCAAUCUGACCCACUGUUGAAUUGCACAUUUGAGGAGGCGACGGACAGUGCUGGCUGGAACAUGAGCAGGCCGCAUGAGCGCUUUGAGCUCAACAACGGCACUGUGGUGAAACUGAAUUACAGGUGUGCCACAGAGGAAUACAUGUCCUGUGUUGCAGUUACACUCCAGAAGGUGAUAGGCAUAUAUGAAGGCAAGUACAAUAGCGGAACAUAUGAGUGUGGAUUCAUGAAAGGGUCCGUGAGGCAUAUAGCCAAGACAUAUUUGAGUGUGGCUCUCCUGCCCGAUUCGAUCACUUUGAAAAUCAAUCCUCUCGCUUUGGACUGUUCCAAGAGCUCUCAGAAAGACGUUGUCGUCACUGCCACCAUCUUAAACAGCCCAGAGAACUUUAAGGUUUGGUGGAGCCUCAAGGGGAUAAAGCAAAGUGAACUACACAACACAUCUUUGAAUUAUUCCCUAAUCUAUACCUUCAAGGCUUCUAUUUCGUGCCAGAAAACGAUGGAAGCACAAUAUGUUAAUGUCACUUUUGAAAACAAAUUACAACAAAUCAAAAGCGCACGAGUGGACAUCCCAGUAAUUUAUGAUGGUGAAAAGUUUUGCAGCGAGGAGGAAAUAAAUGGCCAGUUUUGGCCGAAAUCCCCAAGUGGAGAUACAGUGAUCAAUCGAACGUGUCCAGAGGGGAGGGUUGGCUUUAAGUCUCGCACUUGUGACGGCACUACCUGGCAGCCAGUGUUCUCGUCCUGCGUCAGCGAAGAGUUGAACAAAGUUUACGCUGAAGCAGGCAAAUUCAGUAUGGGACUAGGGGCUAUUCAGGAGGUGGCCAUGAAUAUAUUUGCAGGACUUAAGAACAGCUCUAUAUAUGAUUCUGGUUCCGAUGACUCUAUGGCUGACAUUGGCGCUUCCAUCAACAUCCUGAGUGUGAUGGCCGUUGGAUCAGGAAAUGUUGCCUUGCAGGAGGAGGUCUUUCCUGAUUUUGUUGAUGCAGCGAGCAAUAUGUUGAACAAGAGCUGGGGUGGGAUCAACUCGUCUACUGCUCAUAACAUGUCAUCAGAUUACCUUCAGUCUGUGGAGGGUCUGGUGAAAAAUAUCAAAGUGAAAAAUUCCAGUACAAUCACUAGUCAAAACGUAGACCUCAAAUUCUGCUCAGGCGAUGGCUGUAACGUGUCCGCGUUUGACAUCGGCGUGAAUUUAAACAAGUCCUCAGGAAUAAUGAAAACUGUCGCUGUGAAAAAUCUUAUGGAUAAAUUGAGAAACAACUUCCACAGGACGAAAGCCACCAGCCUCCUACUAUCAGUCACACUGGAGGACAGCAACGACACGGCUUUAGAAAUCACACUGGACUUCCCCAUCGAGAAGAUGAAAUCAACAAUACCUUUGUGUGUUUUCUGGAAAAUCGAAGACAGGGAAUGGUCAGGUGAAGGAUGCGUCAUUAAAAGCAGUGACGGAAACCGUACGCGCUGUGAGUGCAACCACCUGACGUCAUUUUCUGUCCUCAUGGCCAAGAGCGACAUAUCUACUGAUAUCCUAGAUAUCAUUACCUACGUGGGCCUGGGGGUGUCCGUCUGCUCCUUGCUGAUCUUCCUCAUCAUCGAGACUCUGGUGUGGUCCGCUGUGGUGAAGACCAACCUUUCACACUUCCGUCACACAGCGAUAGUGAACAUUGCCGUUUUCCUCUUGCUCGCUGACUGCUGUUUUUUGGCUUCCUCCUUUCCUGAGACGCUCUCUGACUCCACCUGCCUGGUUCUCACCAUAUGCAAACACCUGUUUUUCUUGGCCAUGUUCAGCUGGAUGCUGUGCAUGAGCGUCAUGCUUGUCCACCAGCUCAUCUUUGUCUUCAGCCCACUGAGGAAAAGGGUCUUCAUGUUCCUCUCCAGCAUUGUCGGCUAUCUUUGCCCGAUUCUGAUAGUGGGAUGCAGCUAUUUGUAUUCCAAAUACACGGACAAACCCUACUACAAUAAGGACACGUGCUGGCUGUUUUUUGAAAGAGUGUUGGAGGGUUCUGUGCAUGCGUUCCUCCUCCCUGUGGGAACUGUUAUUUUGACAAAUGUCUUCUCCAUGGUGGUCGUCAUUGUUACUCUGAUGAAGUCCUCGGUCCCCGACGGCAAGUCAGAUGAGAAGGAGACGAUCAAAAGCAUCAUUAAAGUGGUGGUCUUUCUAACACCUGUCUUCGGAGUGACAUGGGUCAUCGGCUUCUUCCUACUCAUAUUAGAUGGUGACGAUCCCAUGUUUCAUGUUGCCAACUACAGUUUCACCAUCCUCAAUUCCUUCCAGGGCCUUUUCAUUUUGAUAACAGGGUGUAUUGCAGAACAAAAGGUUCGAGAUGAACUGUUCAAGAUCAUAAUGGCAAAAUCAAAAGGAAAGAGUGACAGCACGAAGAAUUUGAAUUCAACCACAUACACAAAAGAAAAAUGAAGCGGGAACGAAGAUUGUGCAGACAGAAACAGCAGCUCACAUGUACAUGUAUGCAGCUCCACAUGCAGCCGACAACAAGAGAACAUGACUUAGAGUUUGCUUUGUGUUAGAAAACAGUUCCUGGACUGUUACUAAGGUGAAGGUGGUCGUAGU